UUUCUGUGUGAGUGAGAGAUGAGAGCGUGGCAGGUUCGGGUUCUGUUAGUGGUUCUGAGUGCAGCUGUGCAGGAUGGAACCCCCCUGGAAGAAGAGCUCACUGGUUCUAUCUUAGGUAACUUCCUGGACCCUCUUGAAAACUCCUCGGAUCACGAGCAUGAGAGUGGUGCAGCCAUUGCCAAAUUCUCCCUCCGUACACCCUCCCAUCCCGAUGACGACCUCUGCUACAUUAUUCCUGGCAAUCCAGACUCGCUGGCUGCCUGCACCUUUAACAGCACGUCCAAAACCUUCUUGGUGAUCCACGGAUGGACGCUGAGUGGUAUGUUUGAAAGCUGGAUGCCAAAGUUAGUGUCGGCGCUGUACGCCAGGGAGCGCACGGCCAACGUCAUCGUUGUAGACUGGCUCAGCUCGGCUCAGAACCAUUAUGUGAUCGCAGCCCAGAACACCAAAGCUGUAGGACAGAAGGUUGCUUCCUUCAUCGACUGGAUCGAGGAAACCACCAACAUGCCUCUUGACAACAUCCACCUGAUUGGCUACAGCCUCGGGGCUCACGUGGCAGGAGUUGCUGGCAGCCAUGCUACCAAUAAAGUUGGAAGAAUUACUGGUCUGGAUCCUGCUGGUCCUGACUUUGAGGGUGAGCAUGCUCACAAGCGCCUCUCCCCAGACGACGCCCACUUCGUGGACGUCCUUCACACUUUCACUCGCGGCUCCCUGGGACUCAGCAUCGGGAUAGAGCAGCCCAUUGGCCACGUGGACAUUUACCCCAAUGGGGGCAGCUUCCAGCCGGGCUGCAACCUCCAAGGGGCCUUGGAGAAGAUCGCAAACUUUGGCAUUUUUGCUAUCACUGAUGCAGUCAAGUGUGAACACGAGCGCUCAAUCCACCUGUUCAUCGACUCUUUGCUGAACAAACAGGAAGUGGCCAAGGCCUACAGGUGUGGCAGCAGCGACAUGUUCAAUCGCGGCAUGUGUUUAAGCUGCCGCAAGACCCGCUGCAACACGGUGGGCUACGAUAUGAGCAAAGUCCGGAGAGCGCGCCGCGUUCAGAUGUACACCAAGACUCGAGCUUCCAUGCCUUUCAAAGUUUACCAUUAUCAGAUGAAGAUCCACUUCUCCAGUAAAGUGAAAGCUUCAGAGAUGGAGCCUUCGCUCACCCUCUCACUAUUUGGAACCAAAGGAGAGGCGGAAAACUUGGAACUGAAGCUCAAGGAGAAACUCGUGACAAAUAAGACACAUUCAUUCCUGCUGGUGACAGACAAAGACAUUGGCGACUUGGUGAUGUUGAAGUUUAAGUGGAAGGAGACAAACAGCUGGUCGGCCUCCAGCCUACUGAAGAUGGUUUCUGCUUGGUGGUCUGGAGACUCAGACGGGGCUAACAUGGAGGUUCACAAGAUCCGCAUCAGAGCUGGUGAGACGCAACAAAAGAUGGUGUUUUGUGUAAAAGAUCCCAAAACUCAAAACCCAACCCAGGAGGUCACAUUUGUUAAAUGUAAGGGAACGUGGAGAAUGAAAUCAAAACAAAUUACAAGAAGAGUAUCGCUGAAGAAUGAUUGACACGAAGAAA